UGUUAAACGUUUUAUUUACGUUGUUAGAUUGAAACAUUUCUUCAAAUCCAAAUAGUAAAAAAUACAAAAUUGGGAAUUAUUAAAACAUUCCUAAAAGUGCAUAUGUAAUAGAACCGAAAAAAUAAUUAUAAAUAAAUAUGGUUUGUGUUCCAUGUUUCAUUAUACCACUACUUUUGUUUUUAUGGCAUCGAUUUGUGCAGCCGUAUAUUUUACGCUUCUGGAAUCCAUGGGCUGUAAAAGACAAGGACGGCAACGUAAUGAAAACCGAAUUCCCAUUUCAAUGUAAAGAAGGCGUUUGUGUUUUUGCACGAAACAAGAAUACAGAAAAUUCAACAAGCAACGAAGCUGAUCAAUCUGAAGACCAAAAAACGAAAUAAAAAGAAAACAACACUCCAAGGCCUACUUGUUUUGAGUAGUAAUUUAAUGUUUCAGAAACUAAUUAGGAAAUAAUGGCUUAUGGUAUAAACAUUUUGAAGCUACAAUUCCAUGAUUCCAUAUUUUUCAAUUAUAGUGUUAGUUUCAAUUAAAGUUUAAUUACAUAUUUCAAUGAUUUCUUUUUACUAAUAUAAUCAGUAUUCAUAAUAGUUGGAUUUCAGAAAAUUCAAUAUAGGUAACUAAAUGAGAAGUUUCAUUACAAUUGAUCAAAUCUUAUGAGACAGCGGCUUUGAGAAGGUUUGUUGAUUCUCAAGCAGUUAACAUUUCCGUAUUUUUGACUCUUAUGGCAGAUAUAAACAAUGUGGUGUGGUUUUAGAAAUUUUAUUUUAUUUUAUUAGGAUAAUAUAAGGGUAUAUUUCUACAUAUACGCUUAUAUUGCCAAUUACUGUUUAGAAACAAAUAAGAAUGCAGUAUAUGAAUUCAAAAGCAUGGGUGUUGGCAAAUUUCAAUAUAUUUAAAGUUAUAAAAGGAAAACAAAGCAAAAUAUUUUCCAAAUGGAUAGUUAUUUGCCCUCACAGGAUUUAAAAAAUCUUUAUUUUAAUUAUAUUAUUCAUCCUUGAUGUAAAUAAAAUACUUAUUAUGAA